UACUCAAGUCCAAAAAAUUGUUUGAAAGAUGCUAGGAAACUUCAAAUUUUCUGCGCGCAAAUAUAGUUCAUGAGUCUGCCACGCCGUGCCACUGCCGAGCUCACUCAGCUGUGCGAAUCACUCCCCUGCCCUCCAGGCUCCCGCCAUAAACACAAAAUCAUGUUUUCACUGUGUCCUCGUGUACCGCCAAUUUUUGUGCCAUAAUUCGCUUUACCUGUGCAUCAUUCCAUCAAAAAUGUCGGGUGUGAAGCGAAAAAUAAACGGUGAAGCCAGUGGAAGUGCCAAGAAACAUCAGGCUAUAACUUUAGAGGUGAAAAUGGACAUCAUAAAACAGCUUGAGAAAGGUGAGAAAAUGUCUGAUGUGGCACGAAAAUUUAAUAUGAAUCGGUCAACUGUAGGCACAAUUAUUAAGAACAAAAAAAAAAAAUAGUGGAACAUGUGAAAUCUGCAGUGCCCAUGCAAUCAACCAUCAUAUCGAAAAAGAGAAGGAAAGUGAUUGAGGAGAUGGAAAAACAUCUCGGCGUAUGGUUCGAGGACUGCAUCCAGAAACGGAAACGUCUAUGCCUUAUGAUGAUUCAAGACAAGGCCCUGAGUCUAUUCAAUGAACUGAAGGCUGAGUAUGGUGAGGAUGUGUCAUUCACUGCAAGUCAUGGGUGGUUUAACCGCUUCAAGGCGCGCAAUAACUUGCAUAACGUGAAGGUGUCUGGUGAGGCGGCGAGUGCAGAUGUUAAGGCAGCUGAGGAAUUCCCAGGAAAACUAGCAGAAACUAUCUGCCAGGGAAGCUACACACCACAACAGAUUUUCAAUGUGGAUGAAACUGGCCUGUACUGGAAAAAAAUGCCUGACCGAACCUACAUCAGUAAGGAGGAAAAGACGAUGCCUGGCUUCAAAACUGCAAAGGACAGACUGACGCUACUGCUUGGGGGUAAUGCUAGUGGUGAUUUAAAAUUAAGCCCCUACUGGUGUACACCUCGGAAAACCCAUGAGCCCUGAAAAACAUUGCCAAGGCGUCUCUUCCAGUUGUGUGGAAGAAUAACUCUAAAGCUUGGGUCACACAGGCGAUUUUUCAGGAGUGGUUUUAUAAUCAAUUUAUCCCUGAGGUGGAGAAGUAUUGUCGGAGCAACUCCAUUCCAUUCAAUGUCCUCCUGGUGCUGGAUAAUGCCCCUGGCCACCCACCUUACCUAGAUGACUUUCACCCUAAUGUCAAGGUUGUCUACCUGCCACCCAACACAACCUCCAUUAUACAACCUAUGGACCAGGGAGUCAUCACAACAUUCAAAAAAUACUAUCUAAGGCGCACUUUUCGCCAGGCACUGAAGGCAACAGACGAGAAUGAUAUGACUUUGAGUGAAUUUUGGAAGUCAUACAAUGCCAUAAAAAACAUUAAUACCUCCUGAUGGGAAGUUACAACCACCUGUAUGACUGCCGUAUGGAAAAAACUCUGCCCUCAGGUUGUUCAUGAUUUCACUGGGUUUGAAAAUAUUCAGGAGGAGCAGGUGAGGUUGUUGACAAUUUAAUCUCCAUGAGUGAGAAACUGGAGCUAGAGCUGGAGGAGCAGGACUUCACAGAGUUCUUUGAUGACCAUCACAAGGAGCUAUCUAAUGAUGAACUACGAGAAUUGGAUAAGCAGAGGAAGGAGGCAGAAGAGGCAGAGGAGGAAGAAGUGGAAAUGCCACCAAAACAUUUCCAAACUAAAAAGAUGGUAGAAGCUUUUGCAUCCAUAGAGGCAGCCUUGGCAAAUUUUGAAGAACAGGACCCAAAUGAAGAAUGACAUGCCAAGGUGUCAGCAGCUGUUCAUGAUGCACUGAAAUGCUACCGCGUCAUAUACGAGGAAAAAAAGAAGGCUGUGAGCCAGUCGUCGCUUCAUCGGUUCUUCAAACGGGUAGAUAAACGUGAGGCAACAGUACCAUCCACUCCUCAGUCAGUGCCAUCUUCAUCCUCUACCCACACGCCUGACGCUGACAGCGAUGCUGACGACCCCUCCACCAUCUCGUCACCCCGUUCCUCGCCCACCACUUCCCCCAACAAAUCCAAGUGAACAAGGUAAAUCUUACGAGUUUCCUCAUUUUUAUUUCAAGCAUGCAAUGUUUUCUGUUUUAUAUUUCAUGUGAAAUGCUUUCAUGUAUGUAACUGACAUAGCCCUAACGUUAAAAUGUGUAACCUAAAUGCGAGUCUGUAACCUAGUGGUAACCAUGUCAGCUGUUUGACCCCGAUAUGCAGACGCUUAGUCAUCCCAGAUUUAUAGACACCUGUUCAACCCCCAUUGAUCGACGCCAUGUUAAUCUAUCCAUGUUUAUCAAUCUUUCUCAGUAUGGUAUGGUGUCGUCCCCCGGUCUAACGGAUAGGCUUCAUGUUUUGUGACGGCCCUGGUUGUGUUUUCCUGCCCAGCUGACCACACGCCAUCUUAUCGAUCGGUUCGCCAGCC